UAAAACAUGUAAACAUUACGGCAUUAAGCCUUCCAAUAAUUUAUAUUUUCCUAAUAUUAAGUGAAAUAACUAUUGCUAAGCAAAAAGUUUACUGAUUUGUAAUAAAAGUACAUUAAUAAUCAUAUACCUAUCAUGGAAAACAAUAUGAUUUGUCGAUUAUGUUUGUACAAUAAUGAGGACAUCCUAUCCAUAUUCGGUGACCGAUUACGCGAGGCGAAGAUACACGAGAAAUUGCAACAAUAUUUGAAUUUAGAUAUAAAAGAGGACGAUCCUCUGCCAAAGAUUAUCUGUCUGAAGUGCUUCGAAACGGUGGAAAAUUUUCACGUAUUCUACCAGGAGGUGGCACAGAAUCAGACCGUCUUCGCGUACAGCUCCCAACCGGGUAUGAUAGUGAUAAGUGAUCAGAACUCCCACACGACCUACAUCCUGAGAGAGGAACAAACCGUGGGACAGUCCUGUAUCGAGAUCGGGGACGUGAACUCAAUCAAGAUAGAAAGUAUCGAUGCGCAAGCGCUUCAGUACAGGGCUUCGGAUUGUGGGAAAGGCAUUGCACAGAAAGUAACACUGGUUCAACUUCCGGAUGAGGUGACGACUGCGGUACUCAGCACCACAGGUGAUUCAGAGGGUGGCGUUAUCUUUCCGGGCCCCAGUGGGGAGAGUUCUGUUAAUGUUAUUGCCUCUGGGUUGCCUACAUACGACGAGUCACAACAAGAUAAGGUCAGGCAGGUUAUUACGGUAAUGAAGGAAGAACUGGGGAAUGCAGAAAACAGCUCUCAAGAUAUUCAACAAAGCGUUAAUCUGUCAUCUGCUGGUCAAAUGCAGAGUUUCAACUUAAUACAAGAUGCGGACUUACAUUCUGAGGACGAUCAAGGUGAAGAAGACGACGAUGAGGACGAUGAGGAUGAGGCGGAAGAGAAUGAAACAGAGCAACAGAAAGAUUGCGAAGAUGGGGUUCCGGACAAGAUUGAUAAUCACAUACCCGCCGAUUAUAAAGCAUUCCCGAAAAAGUUGAUAAACGAAAAUAGGCUUGUCAUCCGUGGUAAGGACUUGUCUGCCCUAAUGGCUCAGUUCUAUGAGUUGAGUUGCGAGCUUUGUGGGGAGGCCAAGAAAGGAACGACGGACAAAUUUUCGGAUAUGGAUUCAUAUUUAGCACACUGCAAGCAAGUCCACAAUACAAAAGGAUACGUGUGGUGUUGUAGUCAGAAGAUACUGAGGCCAAGGUUGAUGGCGAUGCACAUGGCAAGACAUUUGCAACCGGAAGCAUUCAAAUGUCCUGAGUGUGGUAAAUUAAUGACCAGUCCUAAGAUUCUACAGUACCACAUUCAAAACCACCGUCCAGAGGAGGAGCGGCCCCUUAAGUGUAACAUCUGUCCGCGUCGGUUUAGUUACGGUAGCGCUCUGAUGUCGCACAGUCAAUCUCAUUUACCCGAAGAGGAAAGAACGCGACACGUGUGUGAUGAGUGUGGUAAAAGCUACAGCACUGCCAAGAAACUUACCGAUCAUGUCCAAUCCAGUCACUGCCGACAAGAACAAUUCGCUUACGUUUGCCAUAUUUGCGCGAAACAGUUCAGUUCGAAGAGCAAUCUGAGUUACCAUUUAACCACCCACCAGCCUAAGAUUCAUCAGGUUCAAUGCGGGGAGUGUAAGAAAUGGUUGAAAAACAAACUGUGCCUUCGGAAGCAUAUGGUGCAACAUUCCAUGGUGAGACACAAGUGCAAUAUGUGUGACUAUUCGGCCGUUAAUAUGCAGUGUUUGAGGAACCACAUGCGGGUGCAGCAUACCGAUCUCAAACCAUUCUCCUGUGAUGUCUGUGGGAAGUCAUUUAAGCUGAAAAAUACUCUACUGAACCAUCAGGUCCAGCACACGGGUGUGAAGAAGUUCACCUGUGAAUUUUGCUUGAGAACUUUCGCUUCCAGCGGAAAUUACUAUGCUCACAGAAAACGGAUGCAUCCUCAACAAUUAGCCGUGCAGAAAAUGCGUAAAGAAGAGGAAGAGAAUGAAUUCCGCAAGAACAGGCUGUUGGGGGAGUCGAAAUGCUAAGGUACCUUCCACACAACUUAUUUGUACUACUCUAUUAGCCAACGACUAAGUCUGCGCUACUCAUAGUUUGUGGGUCAAUAGCUUAAAAUAUAGGUUAAAAAAAUAAGGAUCAGUUCGCAGCUCGAAGUUAAUUUAUUCCAACUCAUUUUACUACAAUUUGGCGCACAUGAUUUAUAAGUGUUUCAUUUGUUUGGAACAAAUAACGGGAACAGCAGUUGUUCCUGUCUAAAUACG